AUGCUGGCGGCACGCGCAUGGCUGCUCGUGGCUCUUACCAUUGGCCUACACGCAACGCGCGCUGUGCGAGAGGCUGAGAAGCCGGCGGACAGCGAGGAUUUGCAGAGGAUGCAAGCGGCCCGUGACCGUCGGCAGCUGGAGCAGCAAAUGGAUGCUGCCGGGCGUCAGGCGAAGAAAUUCAGGCGCCGGCUGGGGCGAUUCGGACAUCCGCACGUAGGAGCUCCAAUCGAUCCGGAUCGAGAUGCCCAGGCCAUGCUCGCCGCCUGCGGGUCCGAAGACUUCGGAUCUGGUGAGGAGGCCCUCCGUCAACUACAGAGAUGUGUUGGGGAGCUGCAAAGCUACGCCAAGCUCUCGCGGCAAGGACUUCAGGGUUCACUACAGGCGGAGCAAGUCUUCGUCACGGAGUACGAGAAGGCUGCGAAGUACCUGGCGUUCAUCGGGGACACGAACUCUCUUUGGAGUACCAUCCAGAAGGACCAGCACGCCGCCCUGACCUAUUUGCUGACUGAUGCAGACAAGGCUGGCUCCACAGCAAAGGGCUUGAAGGUCUUCGGGGCGUUGCGGCCCACAACGACGCAAAAGCCGGUUCCGCCAUUUCCGCUUGAGGACAGCGACGAGGAAGAAGAUUUCGGUGAGGAGGACGAAGACGAAGACGAAGAGGCGGAAGAAGACUCCGAGGAGACAGCAGAAAAGGACUCAGAUGAGGAUGAGGACGAGGACGAUGGACGUAUGUUUCGUUGA